GUUAUCAACGUUUCCUUCCUUAGCAGCAUCAUGAGGGGUGUCUCGAGGUCAUGAUUCUGAAAAUCUAAGUCUGAUAGUUCAAGUGGACUUUUCGAUACGCUAACGGUAGAUGCGCCCUGAAUCGUUUGCAAAACAGUCUUUGCAACUUCUAUAAGGCCAUUCGCUAGCACGAUAUGAAGGGCAGUAUUUCCCCAAUUGCCCUGCAUAGAGAUGCGUGCAACGGGCUCGUGGAGAUUGUGAAGUUCUUGCUCGCUAAGCACUGCGCGGAAUCUGACUCCAAGAAUAAAUAUAGUGGGUUACCAUUACAGGUUACAACGGGCAAUGGACAGACGGAGAUUCUGAUAGAUAAGUGGCACAAGAAGGUCGCUGAGUUGUUAUGGGCGACCGAAUGCAAACAGAAUUUCAGUUGCUGAUACAUGCUAAUGUACAAAAGAGAGUUUGCUGUAUAUAUAAUAACCUCCAGCUGUCUUCUUAAAGAUUUCUCAAUUGAUAAACAGCUAUAAACUCUUUGCGACUUGCUAUCGAAGUGUGGC